AUGGAUUAUGAUGAUUUGUUUCGCUUAUUACCUAAGCCCCCUAAAAAAUGGACUACCUAAGAAGUUCUAGUCUGGUUAAAAUAUAUCGGAUAUAGUUAAUUAGAUACCUAUUUUGGUAAGAAUAUAAAUACGAUCAUAGUAAAUGAAUGUGUCGAUGGUUCAUGUUUGGAGAUCUUAACAGAUUAAGAUCUAUUAGACAUAGGAAUCUCAUCUCCAUUAUAGAGAAAGAAACUUUUGCAAUGUAAGUGUUUUCUUAAAUGGCAUAUAGGGAUCCAAAUUGGAUUGAAAGAAUUUACAAUUUAUUGUAAAUCCCAUACAAGAAGCGAAGUUACUCCUCAAGUAGUUCAAAAUUUCAUGGAAGUUCAAUAAAUUCCAUCGCCAAGGGUUGAAAUACAACAACAAGAUAGGUUACCUUUGAAAGUCAUUCAAGAUAGAAUAUUAUAAUCCAGACAUGAAUAUGACAUUGAAAUAGAUGAAAAAACAACCAUGGGAUAGAUCCCGAUAGAGCCACUUCCAUCACCUGGAGGGAGACAAAAACAGUAGUUUAUCUUGCCUGCACCAAAAUCUCAAUCGAAAAUAACAGAGGAAGACUUAGCAAGAUAAGUGUAAUAAAGCAAUAAAAAAGUGAGCUUAAUUUUAAUAUUAGAACAUAUUUGCUGAAUUAUAAAUUUAACCAAUUUAAAGGCCAAUUUUAUUGAGUCCUCAGAAAAAAUAACAAUCACAAGAAUCUGAUUAUCAUUUACCUUAAUUUGGUACUCCUAGAUUUGAUAAAUAAGAAAAGAAAGACUCUGAGGAAAUUCAGUAAAAUAAUUAACAAUAAUAACAACAAUAACAAUAAUAACAAUAAUAACAAUAAUAAUAACAAUAACAUUUAAUUAAAUCACCGAAUGCAUAAAAAAAUAGUUAAUUAAACAUCAAAAUAAAAAAAGAAGGUUUAGCAACCAUAAACAAGUUAAUUACUAAAAAUGCUACAAUAGGAAGAAAUCCAGAAAAUGACAUUUAAUUAAAUCAUGAAUCUGUCAGCAGAACUCAUGUUUGGGUAAUCUAAUUUUUUAGUUUAGCUCACAUUUAAAGAAAAGUAAUUUUACUUAUAGGAUAGAGGGAGCUUAAUAGGAACAUUCAUUCUAUUAGAAACAAAAACAUAAAUCGUGUAAGGAUAUAUCAUCUAAAUGGGAGCAACUGAAGUAGUUAUAUAAAGUCUUUAGCAAAAUGGUUAAUGUAAAAGAAUAUAUAUUUUAAUCGUUUAGAAUGCCAUAUUGUCUUAGCUUCUCAAAUGGGAUCAGUCUAAUUUACUUUACAGAUUGGGAAAUCAAAAAUGAUAGGAGCUUAAACUUUUGGGGAUUAAACUAUGGCAUUCGAUCAUGCUUUGCUAGAAUUCACUAGUGAGGGUGUCAGUAUAGAGGAUUAAAAAACAUCUAGUGGGUAUUAUUUUAGAGUGAAUUAGAACUUGGAUGAGACUAAGUAAAUCUGGGGUUUAAUCUUAGAGUGUGCCUUUGUGUAGAAGGAGAGUCAUAAAAAUAGCAGAAUACAUACUUAUAAUAGAUCCAGAAUGA